AAAAACCUCAAGUCGUCCAUUUCGUUUUAAUACGCCAGAGUGAAAGGUCGUUUCGGCUUUGUUCUUAAAUUUCCUCGUGAAGUCCCUAUUUAACACUAAAGAUGGGUAGGGAGGACAAAGCAUCUUGGAAAGCUAACUACUUCGUUAAAAUCGUGCAACUGCUCGAUGAAUACCCAAAAUGCUUCAUUGUCGGAGCCGACAAUGUUGGUUCGCGCCAGAUGCAGACUAUCCGUAUCUCGCUGCGUGGUUCUGCCAUCGUGUUGAUGGGCAAGAACACGAUGAUGCGCAAGGCUAUCCGUGGUCACUUGGAGAACAACCACAACUUGGAAAAACUGUUGCCCCACAUUCGUGGUAAUGUUGGCUUCGUGUUCACUAAGGGUGAUCUGGUUGAGAUCCGUGACAAGCUGACCGAAAGCAAAGUUCGUGCCCCAGCUCGUGCCGGUGCCAUUGCCCCGCUUGAAGUCAUCAUUCCAGCCCAAAACACCGGUCUUGGCCCCGAGAAGACUUCUUUCUUCCAGGCUCUGUCCAUCCCUACCAAGAUUUCCAAGGGUACAAUUGAAAUCAUCAACGAUGUGCCUAUCUUGAAGCCGGGAGACAAAGUAGGAGCUUCCGAAGCUACUUUGCUCAAUAUGUUGAACAUCUCGCCGUUCUCGUACGGUCUCCAAAUUGAGCAGGUUUACGAUUCGGGAUCGAUUUUCUCUCCCAACAUCUUGGACAUCAAGCCCGAAGAUCUGCGGGCCAAGUUCCAGGCUGGAGUGGCCAAUUUGGCUGCCGUUUCGCUCGAGAUCGGAUACCCAACUCUGGCUUCCGUUCCGCACAGCAUUGCCAAUGGAUUCCGCAACCUCCUCGCCGUGGCUGCCGUCACCGAGGUUGAAUUCAAGGAAGCAGAAACCGUUAAAGAAUUCAUCAAGGAUCCCAGCAAAUUCGCCUCUGCUGCUCCAGCAGCUGCUGCUGCCGCCCCAACUCAGGCUGCUGCUGCAAAGGAGGAGAAGAAGGAAGAAUCCGAAUCCGAAGAUGAGGACAUGGGCUUCGGAUUGUUCGAUUAAACUUCCCACGAGCAUCAUCGAGCUCUGUUGUCACGUUAAAACAAAAUUCUUUUCUAAUAUCUACUUUGGCGGACGAACAGUUUUUUUUUCAACAUUUUGAGGCACUUUGGAGUACUGUAUCUACUCGUCCGGAACUUGGUGACACAAAGUUCAAUGGCGAUAUACAUGGUUCACAGUGCAAAGGCUGUUACUCUCGUACAAUGUCCCCAAACUACAUAUUGAGGAUUUGUGCGUGAAACCGUAUUUUGCAAUAAAAAUACGUCAUCAUUA